AUGCUCGAUAUGAAGAAAGAUUUGAGCAGAGAAGAGAAAGAAGUGGAGAAAGAAGUGGAGAAAGACGUGGAUCAUGUUGGUCUUGAAGUCAAAGAAGAAUCACAGAUUUAUCAGCAAGAUAGUACCACAAGUGAAAAGAAUAUUUCAAAUACAAAUGAUGAAUUUAUUAAACGGUCAAGAGGUGUUAUUCUCAUGGAUUCGAUUAAAGAAAUGAUAGCGAUGGAAGGAAAAAGAGGUAAAACAGUAUGGGUGAUAGGUGUUGCAGUUUGGAUUCUCAUGUGGGCCCUCGGUUUAGAGAAAACCUCAACUUCAAAUUAUGAGGUCUUUGCGACUUCAUCUUAUGGAAAUCAUACACUAAUUGCGACUUCAGGAAUUGCGAGUAGUAUUAUAAGUUCCAUAGGUCAAAUGUUUUUUGCAAAGUUUUCAGAUACUACUUCUCGACCAUUGACUUAUGUUGUUUCUGUUGGCUUUUUUUUAAUAGGGUAUGUAAUUAUUCCUACUAGCUCUACAAUUUCGGCUUAUAUAAUUGGGAUUGUAUUUGGUGAUCUCGGAAAAUCUAUCUUGGAUCUAACUACCACGUUCGUUAUUGCUGAUCUUACACCCUUAAAAUGGAGAGGUAUAGGUAUUGCUUUUGUUGAAACCCCUCUAAUUAUUAUACCCUGGUUUUCUGGUCUAAUAGUUGAUGAAAUAGUUGAUGAUAAUUGGAAAUGGGGUUAUGGUAUGUUCACUAUUAUUAUUCCCGUAAUACUCAUACCUAUAGUGUGUUUUCUCUUUUACUAUCAAAGAAAGGCUUCGGAACUUGGCAUUGUCAAGGAAAAAACAGAAAAAUAUGGUAUUCAAAUGGAAAGUAUGAACAAAAAUAAUUGGUGGAUGAAAAUAUACAAUGCAUUAAAUGAAUUUGAUCUUUUUGGAUUGCUUCUUUUGGGAACUUCAAUAACUCUCAUUCUUUUACCUUUGUCCUUAUAUAAAUCAGCAGAUAAAGGUUGGAGAAAUCCAAGUAUCAUUGCUAUGUUUGUCGUUGGAGGCGUAAUAUUGGCAUUGUUCGUCUUAUAUGAACUAUAUGUUGCUUCUUUUCCAUGUCUCCAUAGGAGUAAUUUUAACAGAACAGUAAUCACAGAAAUUUUAUUUAAUAUGUUCUAUUUCAUCGCAUCGAAAAUAGGUUCAACCUACCUUUCAUCAUUCGUUUUGGUGUAUAAAGAUUGGAGCACUAGGGAUUGGACAUAUUUUAACAACACGAAUACAAUUUGCAAGAGUUUUUUUGGACUUCUUGCUGGGAUAUUACAUAGAUAUACUCAUCGGUACAAAUAUUUGCAAAUAUUCGGUGUGUGCAUAGAAAUCAUAUCAUGUGGUUUGUUGGUAAGUAUUAGAGAUGCUAACACAAACACUGCAACACUAGUAAUGUCACAAAUUUUAUCUGGUAUGGGUGGGGGAUUUGCUGUUUUUAGUUCACGUUUAGCAAUUCAAGCUGCUGUUUCUCAUCAAAACAUGUCAAUGGGUAUUACAACUGUGUAUUUGUUCACAAGCAUCGGUAAAUCAGUUGGAGGUGCAAUUGCCGCAGCUAUUUGGAAUAGUAAGACCCCUCAAAAUUUGAGAAAAUAUAUGCCGGAUAGUGUAUCAGAUGAGCAAGUGGAUGAUUAUUUUGGCAACUUAGCGCAAUUAGCAGACUAUCCAAUGGGUAGCCCAAUUAGAAGUGCCGCUAUUGAUGCUUAUGUUGAUACUCUUUAUUAUAUAUUUGUCCCGGCUUUAGGAAUUACAUUCGCUGCUCUAAUCGUCUGCUUUUUCCAAAAGAAUUUUUACUUGGGUAAUGGCCAAAAUGCGGUGGAGCCUGGUGAGAAUAAAGAUCAUCAAGAAGAGAGUAUGGAUUUUGUUGAGAAAUUGCAGGCCAAGCUAGCUAACAGAAAAAAGGAUAAGUAUGCAAACGUAUAA